AUGGCAUCGGGGCUAAACACGUCGCUCCCUCCACCUUCUACAUCAUCUCUGUCCCGAUCUCGAUCGUCUAGUCCGCAGAAGCCCAGCGAGUCCACCUACCGUAUGCGAACGCUUCUCCGUGCAGGGAUCUAUGUCGACGUGGACGUACCUGAAGAAGUAAAAGACCAAAUCAAUAUCGCCCUUCAAACACCCCCAACAGAUGCAGCCACCCUUGAACGUUUAGUAUCGAAGCUUCAACACGUGUCCAUGGAGCUGACUGCGGCUCAAGCAGGAGAAACAGAGUGGACUGAUCUGUUGUACGAGAUCGUGAAAGGCCUGAAACCUAUAAACCUUCUGGUUGCACGAAAUAGAGAUUGGAGGCCAGAUAUCAAACCUCGAGUUCAUCAACCGUCGGUUCCCCAAAAGCGGCUAUGCGAUACAAGCGGAGCCGUCGACAGCUCGGUCAAAACAUCCGCGCAGGCACCUAUGACCCCAUUCUAUCUAAAGAAUCCCCGUCCCGACAUAUCAGUAGGUAUCUCAGACCGAGCACUCGCAAAUAUAUUACAAUCUCGUCAGGUCAGAAAUGCCAAAUAUCUGUUGAAUGACCUUCAGGAGACUCGCGAUCUUAUUAGCGAUCCCGGGGUGAACCCGCUCAGUUUACGAUUCCCGUUUUUUCUUGUUGAAGCAAAAUCUGGUGCAACGGGCAGCAAUCUUUAUCAAGCACAAAACCAGGCAGCAGUCGGAGGUGCUUCGGCAAUAGAAAUCUUAAAGGGGCUUUAUAAGGCGUGUGAUAGCCCGGUACUCAAUACGGCGCCCCCGAGUGGUGUAAACACUGCUCACUGUUGGAACGAGACUGACGGCAGUUACUGCAUGGCCAAUAUUGACAUGUGGCGGACCACGCGUGAAAGUCGAGCAUCUGACUUUGUCUCCAAAAUCUCCAGUAUUUUGAAUUGGGGCUCAGGGACGUUUCAAACCACAAUACUCGAAAAGUUGAGUUUCUUUAGUGCCCAAGAUAGCCCCUCGACCUUUCAACCAGAAUUAUCUUAG